AUGAACGUGGAGCUCCUACGAACGGGUGCUCGGUGUACCCGCGAAGCACUGGUCCGCGCUGUCUGCUCCGGGAUGCAAAUUUCGACCUGGCAAGGUGCCAAUUAUGGCCGCUGCGGGCAUGUGGUUGACGAAAGCGACGGGCUUCUCGAUGGCAUCCGGCAGUCACAUUCGUUCGACGAGACGCGGGCCCCGAUGCUUGGGACGGACGGUCGCCGUCCGGCCUCAUUCGACUGCACCAGUCGGGCUCCGCAAGCUGAGGCUCCGGUCCGAGCACCGUCAUUCGAUCUGGGGCGAGGGCUGGACUUGCCGACUAGGCUGGGAUUGACGCUGCCGAACAUGUUGCAGAUGCACCCAAACUCCCUAUCCCCCUUGCCACCGUUGAGCGGAAUGUCCGGUGGCCUCUCACCACUCCAUCCGGGUCUCUCCUCCUCCCUCACUUCCGCUUUUUCCGCCGUCGACGUGCCCAGGCUGAUGGUGCACUCCCCGAUUGAAAAUAGAUCCCCGAUCCCGGGCCUAUCCCCCAGCCAUCAUCCAUCGGCGGAUAUUCGUCUCCUGACAGUCCCCUCUCCCGAUCCAUCUGCUCGUCUACUCGGUGCCCUUACCGUCGAGCACUUCAGAAGAUCUCCAGAUUCCUCGAGGUCGCCAGUUGGCGACGCAGCAGCCGAAGUGUUGGCCUCGAUGAACAACGCGAUGCUCGGGCUGAAUGGCCAGUCGUUCGGGCUUGGCAUGGGAUGGGGCACGGCGGGACCCCAGAAAAUCGGAUUAUCUCACUUAUCGCAACAGGAAAGUGGCGAUUCGCUUGGCGACGACGGCAGCAUGGGAAUUGAUCUCGAAGGCUUGGCCCCGCAUAUCGCACAGAUGGCCGCCCAGGCGCAACUGGCCUCGCCCGAGUUGAUGGCCCAAAUGCCACCCAAGUCGAUUAUACAAGAAGAAGUCCGUAAUGGCGGCGGCCGCUUUCAGCUGGUCCGGAAACGCGGAAGGAGCGAGGUGUGGAACCUGUUCGGACAGGUGCUGGACACGCUGACCGGGGUGCGGUUGCCGUACGUCGCCUGCUACGCGUGCAAGGUGCUGUACACGGACACGGGCGGCGGAACCGGAAAUAUGACGCGCCAUCGAUGCCCGAUCGGGACGUCGUAUCGGAAUAGUAUGCCGAGUACCUCCUCGGAGACGGCGGAAGGCGCGGCGACGUCCUCGUUCGACUCGAUGUCGUCGGCGCAGAUGCCGAGGAAGAGGAGUUGUACGCCGGAUCGGAAGCCACAGGCGAAUAAUAACGAAGGUGCCUCCUCCCCACUCCCGUCCUCCAAUCGUCAACCCUCCCUCCAUAGUGGCCAUCCAUCGCCCGGUGCAGUAGGCGACGUCGAGAAGGAGCUGCUCGCAGAGACCGCUGCCCGCGCAGCGGCUAUUGAUCUGCGCCCCACCCAGCACUUCACUAGCGCUGGUUUCCGCCAAAUGUGUGGUCGUCUACUGCUGCUUGGGCGUCGUUACGGGCAGUGCUCACCUUCGGAUAUUUUGCCGGAUGAGGCGAUGAUCCAGAAUUCUCGGGACAACCUGCUCCGCUUCUCGCUUGAGGAGAUUAGGAGUGAACUGCGUGGCGUCGGGGUCGAAGUGACGUUGUCGGUGGAGAAGCUUGAAUAUAAAGGCAUCUGGAACGUCGUGUGGGCGUCUCGUCUAACCCGAAACUGGAACCUCAAGCACCUCAUCAUAGGUGUCUACCCAUCUUCCGUUACGGAAUGUGAUGCUAUUCGGCUCGCCCUGAAACACCUGAACCUGACCCUCGACCCGGAGCACACCAGAACCCUUGGCCUACCGCAGACGUUCGAAAACUUUGAGAACAUCCCCGAUAUUGGCGCCGUGCUCGAGCAGGUGGUUUCCUCAACCCUCUCCCCCGACCAUCGUGCCCUCCUUGACCGUCUCGCCGACCUCCGCCGCCGUGUCGUCCAAGUCGGCGCCCAGAUGCCCCAUAAAUUCCCCCAAAAGAUCGCGCUGACCGGCGUGCGCGGAUGGUACGAGGAGUGUCACACAUGGCGGCUACACCACGAGGCACUACAGGUGCUCCUCUCCAAGCACUCCGGGCUUCAGGCCGAGGUGGCCGGGUUGCCAUGGUCUUCCGUUGGUGAUGUCGACGCGUUCCUCGAGCCCUUCCACGAGUCGUUGACGGCGCUGGCGAACGAGAUGCAGCCGACGCUGAAUUUGGUGAUCCCCGAGUGGUCGGCGCUGGUGCACGAGUGUCGCGUCGAAGAAGAUGACGACCGUCUUGCUCCCGGCCUUCGAGCAAUGAAGCAGCAGGCUUCACAGCGUCUCGAAGAAGCCGCCUCCUCCCUCCAGCCGGUCCACCGGAUGGCUGCUAUUCUGAAUCCAAGGCUCGCCAGAAGCUUGGCGAUUCUGUUCACUGAUCAGCAACGCUCCGAGACUUGCCGACAAAUCCGUGACCUGUGCGGGAUCGCCCCGCGAAGCGGCGAUCGCCCAUCUAGUGGAUCGUCGAUAGACGCCGACGAGCCAUCACGAAAACGUCGUCUUUUCCUGUCCCAGCUCGAAAGCGGCGGCUCAACGGAUGAUGAGCUGGAAUGUUAUAGUCGGAGUCAAUUCCCGACCCAGCAGACCAGGGAAGUGUUGACCUUUUGGAGCACCGCUGGAUCGUCCCAAUUUCCGGCGCUUGCCGGGCUGGCGAGACGGCUAUAUUCAAUGCCGGCCGUCCCGCUGCGAUCCUACAUUCCACCCUCGGCCUGCAUCAGCGCCCCAGAACUGGCCACAACCCUCAUCCUCCGGAGGGCUUUUGAGAAUGAGACUGACGAC